GAGAGAGCAAGUCGAGCUUCUUAUCCUUUCAGUUUUCCUCCCUAACUCAAGGCGCCUGACCUGUUUCCAGCAGUGGGCACUUCUCUAGAGUCGCAGCACCAACAAUGGCCGCAAUGGCUGCUCUCCACAGCUCCUUCACUUCUCUUUCUCUCUCCUCUUCUUCCUUCUUCGGCCAACCAUUUUCGCCCUCUCUCUGCCCGUCCCUGGUCAAAUCACAUGAGAAUCCAUCUCCUACCCCUAUAGUAAUGAAGCUGAAGAGAUGGGAGAGGAAAAAAUGUAAGCCAAACAGCCUUCCAGUACUACACAAAAUGCAUGUUAAGGUUGGAGACACUGUAAAAGUUAUAUCUGGACGUGAAAAGGGUAAAGUUGGAGAGAUUACCAAAAUCUUUAAGCAUAACAGCACUGUGGUAGUCAAAGAAAUUAACUUGAAGACCAAGCAUAUGAAAAGCAGGGAAGAGGGGGAGCCAGGGCAGAUAAUCAAGGUUGAAGGACCAAUUCACAGCUCAAAUGUGAUGCUCUACUCCAAAGAACAGGAUGUAACGAGCCGAGUGGGUCACAAGAUACUGGAGAAUGGAAAACGCGUCCGGUACCUCAUAAAAACAGGGGAAAUAAUUGACAGUGCAGAGACUUGGAAUAGAGUGAUCAAAGAGAAAGAAAAAACAGAAGCAGUAGCUGCUUCUUCUGCCUCUUAGGGACGUUAUCCCAUCCCACUGUAGCCACCAGGACUGUAUUUCUCUUCUGGGCUUUCCUUUUUCUGCUUCAGCCACUUAUGAUGAUUACACAUUUUACUGGAAAAAUAGAAAAAAAUAAAGAAGAAAAAUAUUUUGGUCA